CUUCUGUUGAAGCCGUUCUGUUGUUGAUUUCCUUCUGUGUUUCCUGUUGCAUCACCCAACUUCUGUCGAGCUUCAACAGGCGGACAGAUAGCCCAACAUUCUCCUGCAAAAUGUCUUGAUAAUCUUUGGGAAGAAUUGGUGCGCUGUGCCUUUUUUUCUCUCUCCACACAGAGUGUUGUGUGUUCCUUCAAAACAACUUCAUUUGAGUUUAAUCUGUCCACAGCGUAUUUUGACAGUAGCGCUGUGGAACAUCCAGGUGCAAUUUUGCGAUCUUCAGACUUUUACAUUUUUUUUGGACAGCGAAGGUGGCUUCUUCCGUGGUGUCCUCCGAUGAACACCAUUAUUGUUUAGUGUUUUACGCAUCGUAGACUCGUCAACAGAGAUGUCCGCAUGUUCCAGAGAUUUCUGUAAGUCUUUAGCUGAUACUCUAGGAUUCUUCUUCACCUCAUUGAGCAUUCUGCGCUGUGCUCUUGCAGUCAUCUUUGCAGGACGGCCACUCCUUUUAAUUUAACCUUUAUUUACAAAUUAUGAUUUAUGAAGACAGCCUACCACCGGCCAAACCCGGACAAUGCUGAGCCAAUUGUGCGCCUCCCAAUCACGGCCGGAUGUGAUACAGCCUGGAAUAGAACCAGGGCACUGAGAUGCAGUGCCUUAGACAGCUGCGCCACUCGGGGAGCCCCAUAACAGAGAUGGUAACAACACAGUACAUUUGCAAGAGGGACAACUAGUUACUAAAGCUAGCGCUGUGAUUGGAGCGUUUUGCUUCCGUAGCUGCGCAGACACGGAGAACUUCGCUGGAGCUGUCAUCUGGAAAGGGAGGAGAGGAACAGAAGAGAAGAACAAAAUAAACGCAGCGAGGACGCGAACACUCAAGAAAGAGUCAGAAGCUGUCUUCCUGGUGAAGCCAUAUGAUUGGCUGAAGCAGAACUUCUCUGUCUGUGAUUGGUCAUCGAGGGUAGACGCUGUGAUUGGCUGAGAAGUCCAAACAUGGACCCACACCAUCCUGGGGUUACCAACAAUCCUUAGCUCUACGGUAGGACCCUCAGUGUUCCGUACGGUGUUGUCGAGCUACUGUCUCCGGGGGCAACCCUGACAGUUACCAUCCUCAACAUACUUUUCUCUUUACUGACCUGUGACCUCUGACCUCUCAUCCCUGGUCCAGGACUGACCUCCGAUCAGGAGGCCCUGCCUCUUCGGUGAUGAUGUCAAUAGACGUGGCCAAUAGGAACGGCCCUGCCGUGACUCCUCCCGCCUCCCUCAGCCUUCGCUCCUCCCACAAUCGUGAUGUCAGUGGCGGUGAUGUCACCAGGCUGGGUUGGGCCACGUUUCCUAAGUGCCGUAAGAAGUAUUGUCUGACCAGCAUCCAGAAUGCAAUGGGGCUGAGUGCCGUAACUCCGUCGUCGUCGACUCCCAACAACCCCGAACUGGCCAAGAACGGGCUGAACGCCCUGCGCAAAGCAGCCGAACGACAUGGACAACAUGACCACAACAAGAACACAACCCCUGACCCUGACUCAACCACAGAGGACUGCAAUACAAACAAUGAAACGGUCAAUGAGGACAUCCUCACCAAGAUGAACCUCGACCUCGACCCCGACACCAAGACACAUCUGGAUCUGAAAACUAAUGUGAACUCAGAUCUGGAUCUGAAAACUAACGUGAACUCAGAUCUGGAAAGCAUCACGAAUGUGACAGACGACGGGGAUGACAUCAGCAUCCUGUCUGAGAAGGAAGUUGAGAUGAAAAUAGAGGAGGAGGAGGAGAAGAGUAGUAUAGAUGAGGAAGAGGAGGAGAGGAUAGAGGAGGACGAGGAGGAGAGGAUAAAGGAGGAGAGGGGGAAAGAGGAGGAGAGCAUAGAGGAUGAAGAGGAGGAGAGGAUAGAGGAGGAGAGGGGGAUAGAGGAGGAGAGGAUAGAGGAGGAAGAGGAGGAAAGCAUAGAGGAGGGGAGGGGGAUAGAGGAGGAGAGGAUAGAGGAAGAGGAGGGAGAGGAGGAGAGGAUAGAGGAGGAGAGGAUAGAGGAUGAAGAGGAGGAGGAGAGGAUAGAGGAGGAGAGGAUAGAGGAGGAGAGGAUAGAGGAUGAAGAGGAGGAGAGGGAAGAUGAGGAGAAGAUGGAGGAGGAGAGGAGGCCUCUGUUGAAGAGUGAGAACCAGGUCAAAGCUCCAGACCAGGGGAGCCACCCAGACCCCAGCUUUAGGCUCCUCAAAUCGGUUAAAGACUCUCCGUAUCCCCCUCCUCCAUCCACACCCAGACAAAGCAGUCCUGAAGAAACCCCUCCCCUCCCCUCCUCCUCUCUUCUGAGGCAGAAGGAUAGUGUUGUAGAGGUGAAGACAGACUGUGUUGUAAUCAGGAUCCAGGACAUGAACUCUCCUGGCUGGUCCUCUCUGUCUCAGGAGAAAACCUCACCUCCCCUCCCAGAUAUCUGGAGUGAUCAUCGGGGCUGUCAGACAGAACGGGACCUUCCUCCAGGAUGGAAGAGGAUUACAGACAAGGCUGAUAUCUACUACUGGCAUAUCCCUAGUGGAGCCACACAGUGGGAGAGACCAGCGCCCAGAGCCCCUCUCACCAGACAGGAGGGCUCUGGCCUGGGGGACACCACCUCAGCCUCCCCACCUCCAGACCACCAGGUUUAUAAAGAGCCCACAGUGCCACCUACAGGACAGAAGCAGACCCCCCCUGUAUCCAAGGUUUAUAAAGAGCCCACAGUGCCACCUACAGGACAGAUCCCUCUCCCACUGAAAGAGGAGGAGUCUAACAGUGACCCUGAGGCCAAGUGUUUUGCGGUGCAGUCUCUGGGUUGGGUAGAGAUGGCAGAAGAGGACCUGUCGCCAGGGAAGAGUAGCGUUGCCGUUAACAACUGUAUCCGACAGCUAUCCUACUGCAAGAGCAACAUCAGAGACUCGGUCGGCAUCUGGGGAGAGGGUCAGGACAUGUAUCUGGUUCUGGUGAACAACAUGUUGAACCUGGUUGAUCCUACGGACCGUUGUCUUGGCAACGUGCUUCAUUCUCAGCCAAUAGCAAGCAUUCGUGUCUGGGGGGUCGGACGUGACAAUGUCAGGGACUUUGCGUACGUAGCGAGGGAUAAGGACACCAGGAUUCUGAAGUGUCAUGUGUUCCGUUGUGACACUCCAGCUAAAGCCAUCGCUACCAGCCUCCACCUCAUCUGCUCUAGGAUCAUGUCGGAGCGCAAGCAUGCUAAAGAGUUAUCAGGGGCGUUGUCAGGGGGCGUGUCUCUACACGACAGAAUGCAGUCAGGACUAGACCUCCCACUACAAGCAGAGUUCCCCACUCCAAAGACAGAGUUGGUCCAGAGAUUCCGGCUGCUGUAUCUGGGAAUGAAGCCAGUAGACAGACCUAUAGGUAUGGACAUAUUGAACGGGGCCAUAGACAGUCUGAUUGGUUCUUCCAGUAGAGAAGAGUGGAAAGCUGUUAACCUCAACGUGGCCGAUGCUACCCUCAUUAUCAGCAACCACCAGGAGCAGGAGGAGGUGAAGGAGGAGGUGAAGGAGGAGGUGAAGGAGGAGGUGAAGGAGGAGGUGGAGGAGGAGGUGGAGGAGGAGGUGUUGGUAGAGUGCAGGGUGAGGUUUCUGUCCUUCAUGGGGGUAGGGAGGGACAUCCACUGCUUUGCCUUCAUCAUGGACGGAGGAGGACAACGCUACGAGUGUCACGUGUUCUGGUGUGAACCCAACGCUGGACAGCUCUCUGAGGCCGUACAAGCUGCGUGCAUGUUAAGGUAUCAGAAGUGCCUGUUGGCUCACCCACCCUCCCAGAGACCCCUCCCCUCCUGUGGCCGUGGCUCCUCCUCCCUGGGCAGCGGCGGUGGUAACCGCGGUAACGGCGGUGUGAAGAGAGGAGUGCUGUCCCUCAUCGACACUCUCAAACAGAAGGGACCGCUGCCCCACCAGAGUAACCACGGAAACUAAACUAACAUCGUGACUACGACCGCACACCCCAGUAACUAUGGGGGAAAAAACAACGCUGCACCUUGCUAACCGUGGAAAUCACUACUCUAACCCGGUCGAACUAUGGCAGCCAAACGUAGACCUCCUCCCAUCACCUCAACACAGAACUGUCUACCAGUCGGUGAUCACCUCAACACAGAACUGUCUACCAGUCGGUGAUCACCUCAACACAGAACUGUCUACCAGUCGGUGAUCACCUCAACACAGAACUGUCUACCAGUCGGUGAUCACCUCAACACAGAACUGUCCACCAGUCGGUGAUCACCUCAACACAGAACUGUCUACCAGUCGGUGAUCACCUCAACACAGAACUGUCUACCAGUCGGUGAUCACCUCAACACAGAACUGUCCACCAGUCGGUGAUCACCUCAACACAGAACUGUCUACCAGUCGGUGAUCACCUCAACACAGAACUGUCCACCAGUCGGUGAUCACCUCAACACAGAACUGUCUACCAGUCGGUGAUCACCUCAACACAGAACUGUCCACCAGUCGGUGAUCACCUCAACACAGAACUGUCUACCAGUCGGUGAUCACCUCAACACAGAACUGUCUACCUGUCGGUGAUCACCUCAACACAGAACUGUCCACCAGUCGGUGAUCACCUCAACACAGAACUGUCUACCAGUCGGUGAUCACCUCAACACAGAACUGUCUACCAGUCGGUGAUCACCUCAACACAGAACUGUCUACCAGUCGGUGAUCACCUCAACACAGAACUGUCUACCAGUCGGUGAUCACCUCAACACAGAACUGUCUACCAGCCGGUGAUCACCUCAACACAGAACUGUCUACCAGUCGGUGAUCACCUCAACACAGAACUGUCUACCAGUCGGUGAUCACCUCAACACAGAACUGUCUACCAGUCGGUGAUCACCUCAACACAGAACUGUCUACCAGUCGGUGAUCACCUCAACACAGAACUGUCUACCAGCCGGUGAUCACCUCAACACAGAACUGUCUACCAGUCGGUGAUCACCUCAACACAGAACUGUCUACCAGUCGGUGAUCACCUCAACACAGAACUGUCUACCAGUCGGUGAUCACCUCAACACAGAACUGUCUACCAGCCUCCCAUCACCUCAACACAGAACUGUCUACCAGUCGGUGAUCACCUCAACACAGAACUGUCUACCAGUCGGUGAUCACCUCAACACAGAACUGUCUACCAGUCGGUGAUCACCUCAACACAGAACUGUCUACCAGUC